CACUGUUGUCAUUACUGUCAAUUGAGUCAAAUUGUGAAAAUGUAUUCGCGAGUGUUUUGGUUUUUGGGUUAAUUUUGUCGAAAUAGUACAAAUUACAGGCUGAAAUCGCAAUAACGUCAUUUUAAAAUAGUUAUUUCUAUAUUUAGUGUUAGUGUGUAUUCUUAAAAACUGUUAAAAACAAACAUCAAAAUGGAUGUAGUCGGCAGCGAAAUCGGACAAAAGAUGCGGUCUGCCAUCAAGGCCAAGCUGACGGAACUGGGUUGUUAUGUGGAUGAUGAGCUUCCAGACUAUGUAAUGGUCAUGGUAGCCAACAAGCGCACCCGAGGACAGAUGGAGGAUGACUUACAGCUGUUCCUGGGAGACAAUACGGAGCUAUUUGUCAACUGGCUGCACCAAGUGCUGAAGAAGUUGCAGGAAGUUACUGUCACUGCCCCAAUAAAAACAGCAGAACAGGAAAAGAGCAAGGAAAGAUCAGCUUCUAAAGACAGAAAGUCUAAAGACAAGAAAGACAAAGAUAAAUCAAAAAAGUCUGACUUAAAGAAAGCUAAAAAGAAGGAAAAAGAAAAAUUGCAUCGUAAAAAGGAAGAAAAAAAGGAAAAAAAAAGCAAGAAAAAGAGUAAACACCAUGACAUGAUUCGUCCUAACAUACCACCACUGUUAAUGAACAUGGAAAAAGAAUCGGAACCAUCUAUAACAGAUGUUUUUGCUGGUCAAAUUCUCAAGAGUCAUGGGAUCAGUAUGGAGUCUUUAAAAGAGGAUAAAGUUUUGGAAAAAGUUGAACAAAAAGUCAUUAUUAAAGAACACAAAAGACCUAUUGUUCCAAUAAUUGAUCCUGCAACUAUUUCCUCUCAACCUGAUCCAGAUGUUGUUUCACUAAAUAGCGAGAACACAAUGGAUAGUCAAGAAAAAAUUACAAAACCUAGUGUUUUACAAGAAACAGCAAAAGAGGACCAAAUUAAAGAAAUCAAUGAGAUUGAAGCUAAAAUUCAAGGCUUGAAGCAGAAGUUGGCAGAGCAGUUAGAUUCUAUGUCAGAAGAUGAAGAUUUCUUAAAUAUAAGAACGGAGGCUGAGGAGUUGAUGAAUGAUUUCGCUGAAGAUGUAUUUCAGGAAAUAUCUCAACAGGCGCCAGUAAGUACGCCCCCCCUUGAAAAGUGCAAAUCCCCAUCUCCACCCAAAGAAAUACCGCCUAAGCCGGUAGAGGUUCCUAAACCUAUAGAGACGUUGCCUCAAAUAGAGCUGAAUCUACCGAAAAGGCCAGUUCGGGAAAGGCUUGGGGCUCGGGAAGAACAUAGGAGAACAGCAGAAGUGGAAAGAAGAACUGAGCAAAAGUCUGAUAGCCAAGAAAGAUUCACGCCCGAACCGUUGCCAGAAUUCAUGACAAAAACGAAGUCUGCUAAGAGUCGCCUCAGUGAUCCGCCUGAAAGAAGCGGCGACUUCUCUGAUGAUUCGGACAAGCCUGAGCCCAGUAUAAAGAGGCUCACUUCUAAGGUAUCAGUGCUUGAGAGCCGCGUGCGUUGCGCGAGCGUUGUACGCGUGCGACCCAGGCCGCGCGUGUCCGCGCCCGCGUCAAGUUUGCUUAUGCGCGCUGUAGCUGAUGCGCAUAAAAGCCUGUUGACUACACCACCAAAAGUAGACGCUGAGCCUCCAAAGAUAAAACGAGGCAUAGUGCUGCCGAUGCGUCGCGUCGGGGACCCCAACAUAGUCAUACAAGUUCCGGGGGAGCGUACAGCAGACAGCCAGGAUGACAACAUUAGUCUCGAGAUAGACAGCGAUGAGGAGAAGAGAGUGUUUAGUGAGUUGGAUCGAGACGAGUACGUGCCUAAAUCACUCACAAUGCAAAUAAAAAACACCGAUUAUGUGCCUUCAAAACGCAACGAAGUUCGGACUGCCAGCAGACGGGACGACACACUUGUUAUUGAGACCAUAAAUAUCCACAAUCCAACUGUAGACAAAGACAAAAAUACUCAAUUUAUUGUGACCAUGGACGGAUUCAAUCCCAAUGCGUUCCUUGCGAAAAAACUCAUGACUGAAGGUCUACUCAACGAUGAUGAUGUAGACACUGAAAAGGCUAAAGACACUAGCAAUAAAGAAAAAGAUUCUCCAAAAGAUGCCGAUAAAGCUGAACCCCAAGAACCAGCAAUAAGAGAAAAAUCUCCAGAACCUUCUCCGCCUAAAAGUAAAGAAGUGAAAACGAUAGAAAAAGACACUCCAGAAAUAAGCAACGAGGAACCAAAAGAAUCGCCGAAAAAACGUCUCAGUAGCGAAAGUACUGAAAGCAAUACUCAGGUUGUGAUUAAACAAGAUAAAUUGAAAGAGUCAAAGUCUAAAGAAGAAAAUAGUAAGAUAUCAAAGGCAGCUGAAAAGAGAAAAAGUGAUACAGUAACACAACCACCGAAAGUAGAGGAAAAAUCUCCUCCAGUGAAGAAGCGAAGGACUCCUAUAGUAUUCGAUGUGGAUAAGAAACAAACGGAGGUAGUAAAGGAGAGGGUGAGGACGGAGAGCGCGAGUAGCGACAACAACGUGAUACUCACCACGGCUAGUAGCUCACACAAAUACGAUGCGUUGCCGCCGUUGUCUACAUCAGAACGCAAGCCGGUAUGGUGUCGCGCGUUCCCGCUAUGCCGCUACGGAAGCGCGUGCGCGUUUCAACAUCCGCGCUGCAAGUUCGCGGCCGCGUGCACGCGUCGCGGAUGCGUCUACGCGCACGCAAACCCGCCUGUACCGACGCCUACGCCCACCAUAUCGUCUCACGUGGUGCCAGUAGCGAACUACAAGUCGAUCAGCACCGCGCCCACUCCUGGCAUGUGCAAGUAUUACCCCUCGUGCAGCAAUCCCACGUGUGGGUUCUUCCAUCCCAAGGCCUGCCGUUACGGCGCAGCGUGCCUCAAUAAGCUGGAAUGCAACUUCUACCAUGCCGACUUGCCGCCGUCUCACUGGCGGCACCCGGCGUAGAUUAUACAAUAUUUAUUUAGAUUAGAUUUUAGCGUAUUAUAUUACUUAGUGUAAGGAUUUUUUAGAAUAUAAAAAUGAAUUUUA